AUGACUAGCAAUCCCCGAACCAUCCUCAUAACCGGUUGCUCAGCUCAUGGUAUCGGAGCAGCUCUGGCCCUUAACCUCGCCCGACGGGGUCAUUUUAUCUUCGCCACAGCCCGGUCUCCUGCAAAAGUCCCAGACAUCCUGACCUCCCUAGAGAACGUGAAGGUGCUGCCUCUGGACGUUAGAGACCCCUCCACGAUCGCGGACGCCGUGCGCGCGAUCACUGACCACGGCCGUGGUCUCGAUAUUGUGGUCAACAACGCCGGGACAGGAUAUACCGCACCUCUACUGGACACGGACUUUGACCUCGCCAUGGACGUGUACGAGGCAAAUGUAUGGGGGCCGCUGCGCCUGAUCCAAGCCUGCGGUGACCUACUCAUCGCUUCCAAGGGCCGGAUCAUUAAUAUGAGCAGUGCGGGGGCUGCGGUUAAUACCCCGUGGCUUGGCGUCUACUCCUCCUCCAAAGCCGCCAUCACACAAUUAUCCGAGACUCUUCGCCUUGAACUCGCCCCCUGGGGAGUCCGCGUGGUCUGCAUCAUGGCCGGCACCGUCACCAGCGCGUUUCACGCCAACGAGCCCGAGGUGAUCUUGCCCCCGACUUCGCGGUACGCAGCCAUUCGACAAACCAUCUCCGACCGGGCGAUAGGACGAGACGACCUCAGGAGAUGUUCCGCUGACGAGUUCGCGGCCUCGAUUGUCGACGAGGUGCUGGGCACCGCUGGCGGAGUGGUCUGGAAGGGACCGUACAGUGCUAUCGUCAGGUUUCUUUCUCGGUGGUGUCCUGCGGUGGUUUUGGAUCGGAUGAUGAGCAAUGGACAGGGGUUGGAUGAGCUGGCGAAGCAAGGAGGCAAGUAG